GCAGAGGCUUGCGCGCGCGGCGGGCAUGGAACGUUGGUAGAGUUCGCGGGUCUCGGGGGUCGGAGCAGCACGCCGGGAGCCGCCCUGCGCCGAAGUGGGGAUCCGGGAGGCGGGCAGCUCUGAGAUUAAUGCACGCAUUUAAAACUCCCCGAACCCGUGGACAGCAUGCAUAGGAAACACCUCCAGGAGAUUCCAGACCAAAGUAGCAACGUUUCCACUAGUUUCACCUGGGGAUGGGAUUCUAGCAAGACUUCGGAACUUCUCUCAGGCAUGGGCGUCUCCGCCCUGGAGAAGGAGGACGUGGACAGUGAGAACAUCCCUCAGGAACUGCUCUCAAACCUCAGCCACUCGCAGAGCCCCCCACGGAAACGGCUCAAGAGCAAAGGGAAUGACAAAGACUUUGUGAUCGUCCGCAGACCCAAGCUGAAUAAAGAGAUCUCUCCAGGUGUUUCAUGGGACUCCCUUCCAGAUGAACUGCUUUUGGGAAUCUUUUCCUGUCUCUGCCUCCCCGAACUCCUGAAAGUCUCCAGUGUUUGUAAGAGGUGGUAUCACCUAGCGUUUGAUGAAUCUCUCUGGCAGACCUUAGACCUCACAGGUAAAAACCUGCACCCAGACGUGACUGGUCGCUUGCUGUCUCGAGGGGUGAUCGCCUUCCGCUGCCCACGAUCAUUUAUGGACCAACCAUUAGUUGAACAUUUCAGUCCUUUUCGUGUACAGCACAUGGACCUGUCCAACUCAGUGAUCAACGUGUCUGCCCUCCUCGGCAUUCUGUCUCCCUGCUCCAAGCUCCAGAAUCUGAGCCUGGAAGGUCUGCAGCUCUCGGACCCCAUUGUCAAUCAUCUUGCGCAGAAUUCAAAUUUAGUGCGCCUCAACCUUUCUGGGUGUUCCGGAUUUUCCGAUUCUGCCCUGAAGACUUUGCUGAGCAGCUGUUGCAGAUUGGAGGAGCUGAACCUCUCCUGGUGUUUUGACUUCACUGAAAAGCAUGUGCAAGUGGCUGUUGCGCAUGUGUCAAAUACCAUCACCCAGAUCAAUCUUAGCGGUUACAGAAAGAAUCUCCAGAGAUCAGAUGUCUCUACCUUAGUUGGAAGAUGUCCCAAUCUUGUCCACCUAGACUUAAGUGAUAGUGCUAUGUUAACAAAUGAUUGCUUUGAGGAAUUUUACCAGCUCAGCUACCUCCAACACCUGUCUCUCAGUCGGUGCUAUGAUAUAAUACCUGAGACUUUACUUGAACUUGGAGAAAUUCCCACACUAAAAACACUGCAAGUUUUUGGAAUCGUGCCAGAGAAUACCCUUCAGUUGUUAAAGGAAGCCCUUCCUCAUCUACAGAUUAAUUGUUCCCAUUUCACCACCAUUGCCAGGCCGACCAUUAGUAACAUAAAGAACCAGGAGAUAUGGGGCAUCAAAUGCCGACUGACACUUCAAAAGCCAAGUUGUGUAUGAAGUAUUUAUUGUCGGAUGGUGUCUCCUUUGGAACAGGGAAGUAGGCAGGAAGCCCAAAUGCGCGCGUGCUCAGCUAUUUUUAUUCUUGGUUUUCCCUUUGCCUUCCUUCUGCAAGUGUAUUAGAGAAAUCAUUUGAGAGAAAACUGUGAAGAGUUGCCGUGAGCUGUCACUGCUAUACCUUUAGAGCCUAAUCUGUAGGCCUUUUAAUAUUUUAGGAGAAACCUCUCAUUUCAAGGCUCCUUAAACAGUAAAAUCUGACCCACCUCUUCCAAGUAUCCUUCUUAUUAUAUCUAUUUAAAAUCAAGCUUAUAAAUCAUCAGAAAUCAUCUACAGACUAUAUGGUAACUUCUCUUUUUCAGUAUUGCUUUUAUGACAUAUAUUGGAAGAAUAAUAAGCUAUUUGUGUUGAGGCAAACAAAAAGAAUCAUAGGACUGUAGCAUUUGAAGCAGUCUCUUCUGGGGCUAGGAAAAGAAAAACAUACCAUUUCAACUUUGCCUAGAGAUUUGAAAUAAGAUUCUUGGAAACAAAUAGCCCUACCUGGGUAAUUCACCUUAAAACCUAAUUACAAAGCAGCCAGGGGUAUAGAAUUGGUGGAGAAUUUGAAGGCUCAAAAGGCAGUUUUGUAUGACAGGUUGAUGUGAAGUAUCCUCUAAUGCACAUGAACAUCCUUCAGUGUACUAUGUUGCUGGAAUUCUGUGGUAGCUGAGGAAAUAUAAGCAUGGUCUUCUAACUUCAUGAUCAAAUUAUGUUAACAUGGACUCUUUUAACUUUUAAAAUGACUUGCUUUGUUUUAGAAAGGUGGCAGUAACCAGGCAGUCUCUAUUGUUAAAUGUUGGAUGGAAUGUUGAACUGAAGUUGCCUUUUUCCUUUACCACUGAGUUCUUGAAGCUAUUUUUAUAUUACUCUGAAAUCAGGUAUUUUAAAUUACCUUUUUUUAAUGUCUUCUGUAAUAAUUUGUUUGAAACUCCUCAUUUUGUAAGGUUACUGGAUCUGAAGUCCCCUAAGAAGAAAUGCAUGUUCCUUUCGAUCAGAAUGAUGCUCAGUAAACAUGUGUUGCACCUACAUAAAAGUUCAAACUCAGGUGUUAACCUUUGAAUAGAAAUAUUUUUUUAAUGGUACAGAGAAGCAAAAGGAUUAAGUUCUAUUUUAAAAAAAUAAAACCACAAAACACUAGCUUCAUAUUUAAAUUGAUGAGGUCCCCCUAUGUUCAAAGUGGGGGGAAAAAAAGCCAAAUCCAUCACUUCUAUUAACAUUCAUUUUUUUUAAAUCAGACCAUCAAAUGUUAGAAAUGAUGGUGUGAAGUGCCCUUACCUGCUGAGACCUAAGGAAAAUACUGUAGUGUUAUACAGGAAAUGAUAAUGUUUCAAUUUCAUAGUAGUUAAAAGUGCUAAAUACUACUUGAAAUUAUUGUUUACAGAUUAGUGACAAGGGCUGGCGAUAGAAUCGGUUGGACUCUGACUUCUGGAUACCCUCAAAUAUGACAUACUUCCGAAUUCAAGUACAGCCAUAAGCUAUUUUGCUAACAUGUCAGAGUAAUCUGUAUUUUUGUAUGUGAUUUCUUUUAUACUUUUUAUAGACUUGUUUUAAAAUA